AUGUUGUGGCGAAUUAUAUAUGACGGCUCUCGCGGUAAGUACUUUGAAGGAGAGGGUAUAUGGGCGGAGGACCAAGACAGCGGCAUCACUUUUAAUUCGGACGAUGACACGCUGCGUUGGGUGUUCGGAGGCCAUCUCCGUUGGUGGGUCAGACGCGCUUCUCCCUUCAUUUCAACGUACAGUAGCAAGCGUGUAGUGCGGAAACAAGCAGAGCAGCGUGUUAGAGAGGGAAAGAAGAAUGUAACCAUCUACGAGAUCGAUGUGAAUGCUAGUAAUAUGCGUGUGGAGUAUCGCAAUGUCAGACGUCUAGCCGAUAAGCUGGGCAUGAUUAUCCCUAGAUAUGCCUGGCACAAUUCGAAGCACGAGUGGAUUGUCCUUGGUCAUAUUCCGGACAGAGCAGUUAGGGUCUACCACAAGUUUUAG